AUGACGAAAGAGGAGAACAAAAGCACUUCUCAGAAGGUGGACGAUAAGAAGGAGAAAAAGAGCAUGGGUGACUCUGGUUAUGACUGCAACUAUUGUCAUGGAAAAAAUCAUCUAGACAAGGAUUACAUGCUGAGAAGGAUAAAUAAGAAGAAAAAUGUGGCUGAGAAUGAAUUUGGAGGAGUUGAAGUAUGGUCAACCGACUCGGAGGACGAUGAGUUGCACCUUGAUUAUGAAAUUGGUGAGAAAAUUCACAAGAUGAUCUUACCAUUUCUUGAAUUAAAGGAAUAUGAGAUAGACGCCGACUGUUACAAAUGCGAAUCCAUAGUUUCGUCAGACGAAACUUCUGAUGCAUACAAGUUUGGACUAGAACGAAUUGAAUCAUACAUUAAGUCCAAAGACCACAAAAACAUGUUAAAGCAGCUUUUAGAUGAAAACAAUAAGAAGCAAAUCAAGUCUGACACUAUACAUAAAUUCGACUCAUUGAGUGCCAAAUUGAAUUCAGCAAAUAAGAUAAAUAUUGAAAGCACAUCUGAAUUUGAUGAGGACAGUGAUAUGAGCAAAAUUUAUGUAGAAGAUGAGAUUGAUUGCUCAGAGUUUGUUAAAAACGAACCUGAACGUGUGAAAUAUUUGAUUUCUGGAAAUUCGGUUGAAUUCGUAUGUAUUUCUCAAAAUAAACGAAAAACAUUGAAAGCGAAGGCAACCGUCUUUCCCAAAGUACAAACUACUCCUAAUCAAGUUUUUGCUACUAAAGGACUGGACAAAACUCAAAAUUUAGAACUGAUGUCCAUCGUCAACGAAGACAACAAAGAGAGUUGCGAUGAUUAUUUUUGGUCUGCUCCAAUAGAUAAUGCAGAUGAAAUGAAGGAUCUGUCUGAAAGAACCGCACGUAGAGUGAAGGGAAGAUAUGUGGCAGAACCACUGAACAAUCAUUCUAGCUAUGAGAAAGGAAGUCCAAGUGGAACAAAGGAAGAUUCAAGCGAACCCCAAAAGGACAAAUCUCCUGCAACAAAAGCGAAACCCAAAGUGAAUAUUCACAAUCCACGAAGACCAAAAGGGAACUUUGGUCAAAAACCUUUUCUCUCAAAUAAGCCCAUUGAGAAACCAAAAUCUCAUCAUUCUCAACCCACAAAAGCUUCACCCAAAGACGUCAAUGGAAAUGGAAGAUUAGUGUUGGAUUCUGAAACUCAAACCAAGAAAUCGACUACUAACCCUAAGAAAGUUAAGAAAGAAUUUGUUAAGAAUCAGAACAAACAAAAACAAUCUAAUUCAAAAGAAACGAAAAUGAAAGAUACUAGAAUAAAAGUUUUCACUAAAACUAAGAAAGAUGAAACCAAUUUAGUUAAACAAACUAAUAUGGUUGAUCGUACUAUCAAUUUUCCUCUUUCUGUUAUACGUGAUGAGCAGUUUGACACCGAAUGGUACAUCGAUAGUGGCUGCCUGCAUUACAUGACAGGAAGGAAGGAGGAGUUGCGAGAGUUCCGAUCUCUCAAAGAUGGUGGAAAUGUAAAGUAUGGAAACAAUUCGUUUGGAAGGAUCAAAGGCUAUGGGAUGAUAAUGAACGGAGAUUUCUCAAUUCAUAAGGUGGCGUAUGUGGAAGGGUUACAACACAACCUAAUUAGUGUUUCAUAA